AUGCGGUCCUCCCUACUGCGCUCGGGCACAUCUCUAGGAGUGCUGCUGCCGUUUGCUUCUCAUGCUACAGCCCAAUGGGCGCCUGGGGGAUCUUAUUUCAGCGGCUCAGGCGCACCAGGAGCUGCAUCUUAUCGACUAGUGGAUGAUUAUACUCCAUCUGCAUUUUUCGACAAGUUCACCUUCUACAACCGAUACGACCCAACCUAUGGUCACGUUAAAUACGUGAACAGGAGUGUUGCGUUGACUAAUGGCUAUGCCUAUUACUCCUCGGCGAACAAUUCCGUCGUCAUCAAGCCGGAUACGAUCAACAAGUGGCCUCCUGGCACGUUCCCGAACGGCGAGUAUUUGCCCGGACGUCCCAGUGUUCGUCUGGAAUCUUUCAACACCUACUAUCAUGGCUUGUUCAUCUUCGAUGCUAGCCACAUUCCCACAGGGUGUGACAUCCUUGAGGGAGUCCACACUUCCGAGACCAACACCAUGUCACUACAUAGCUCGCCAAACUGUAGCAUAAUGGGUAGCGGACAGACCGGAACUUUUGCAACAUCGAAUUGCGAUUCGUCUCUGAAUGGCAAUUCCGGGUGUGGAUCUGAGCUCAAAAAUACCACGGCCAAUCCGAACAACUAUGGUGCCUCGUUCAACGCCAAUCGAGGUGGAGUCUAUGCCACCGAGUGGACUUCCAACUACAUCAAGCACUGGUGGUUUCCGCGAGGCCAGAUUCCUGCCAGCAUCGCAGCAGGAAAUCCUGACGUGAAUACAUUCGGACAUCCAGCAGUCAACGCACAAGGUGCUUGCGAUAUCGACUCGCAUUUCCGAAACAUGUCUAUCAUAAUCAACAUCGAUUUCUGUGGCGCUUGGGCUGGCAACGUCUACGAUCAGUGGCCUAGUUGCCCACAGAAUGUGCCAAAGAAUACUCCUGACAAAGCGAUCGACCGAUGCAAUGCUUACGUGGGAGAGUAUCCCGAGCGCAUGAGUGAGGCCUAUUGGGAGAUCAACAGGAUUCAGGUGUUCCAAAUGCCUGCAGACGUGGCCACUACAUCUACGUACUCCACGAGUCUCAGCUCAGUUGCACCUACAGGCCGAAGCACAAAUACGAUCCCUCUGGGAAUGGGCGCUACCACUAGCACGUUACCAUCAGCUCCGGCCUACACAGGCCCUGUGUCGACAGCGUCUUCCACACGGUCUGUCUCGGUGUCUUCUUCCAUGGUCACGUUCGUGUCCAAAAAGUCUAUGAGCUGGGUCUCUGAAGGCAUCACAUACAGCUCACCUUACCCUUUCACAAUUGCAACAACCUCGACAUUCGAAGUGCCUGGUCAAUACAGUUCUGCAUCCAGUUCCAAUGUAGACGAAAGUAGCAGUGGCACCGCGUCUCAGCCCGCAACAAUGCCGACGACCAGUCCAAGACCAGCGUGCCCAGGAACGUACGAUGAAGCCUGUGGUGCGCCAUCUUCCUCGGACGAUCCGUACUGCUCGAACUCCUAG